AUGGCAGAAAUUCUUCGAACCUUGCGCUUCCGGCUCGCUGGCCCACUUGAGGACUACUUUGAUCUUGUAGUUGCCACCGGGAUUGGUAUUUUCUUUGCCACUUUGAUAUUCUGCAAAGGGGCUACAGUCGCGGACUGCGUGCACCACCUUGGAGAUCUCCAAUACAUCAGGGCUAAAAAGCAAGAAAUUAGGUUCGGAAACAGUCUGAGAUUUCGGGGUGACGAGAUGGGGACUAAAGGUCCGAAGCUCUUUUUUCAACACGGCUCAUUCACCUUAUCUCCUCAUGGGCCACAAAGCGGCCAAGCACUCGACGUUGAUGCUGAAAUCGAGAAGUUGUGGCCCGGCUCAACGGCCCGGAUCGUUGUCGAUUUGCAGCCCCCGUUCGGGAUCCAACCUGUGGAAGUCCCGGACCAUGUUCUCGUUUCCCUCUUCUAUGUUGAGCUCCCAGAAAAGCCUGUCUUCUACUCAACCUCACCCCUCAUCGUAACCGUGGUUAUCAAAUGUAGGCUGCAGCCCAGCCCACAUCUUGCUACCCUGCUGCUGCGAAUGCGGACGGAGAGCGUGCAGGUGUACUUCAAGGGGGAUGAGCCGACGAGAAAGGCAGACUUUUGUGAUGAUCAUGCGUGGAACGGGAUAAAACAGGGAAAUCCAUUCUUGCGCCAAUGCCACUUACUCGUGCGGUCUCUCACAUCGGUAAUUGACAUCAGAAUGGAUAGUAUUCUUGGGAAAGGGCGUGUACCUCUGAGUCACAGUCCUUGGACGUUGUUGGAUCUAGCACAGUUCGGAGGUCAGAACCACAAGGAGGCCGAGGCUGUGGCAGUUUUAGACAAGAUCAACCACAUGGAGGAUAGGCUGUACGGGCUCCGUAUGGGCUGA